UAUUUAUUUAUGAUAAAUGAAACAUUGAUAAAGUAGAUAGCAUUGUUUUAAAGACACACAAGUCUUUAAUUUGAGCUUCAUAAAUAUUAUUAAGCGACACAGACUCAGGGCGCGGCGUAUAGCAGUGAGUGGUCCCGGAAGUCCCCGUAUUUACAAACACAUUUAGCCGGCGCUUCCCUGCACCAGCCGGGAGCUAAUGAACGGGGCACCGGGAGGAUUACCUGAGGGCUAAACGCGUUUUAAACGGUUUUCCUGCCAAAUUCAGGCAAGCCUGUGAGGACGCUGAGGUAUAUUUGCGGCUAUGACGGACGAAAAAAGCAGCAGCGGUCCUGAAAGUGACGCACAGCAGCCUCAGAGCACGGCUACAGCGGAAUACUGCGCAAACUUGCAGCAGUGGAUGUGGCAGUAUUACUGGGGGUACGCCAGCUGGCAGAGCUGGGUGGCUCUGUCAGCUUUCCCCUUCCCUCCGCCGGGGAUAAGCGCUCAGACGCCGCCGGGUACUCCCGCCAGUGGGCAGCAAGCGUUUGACACACGGAGCUGGUACAGCUACUAUCCUGUCACAUCCCCCGCCGCUUCCUUUCCUCACCUGGCUGCCGGGACCGAGCUGGGCUCAGCCACCAACCCGCUCCCGGGUGCCGAUGCCCGGCCUGGCCAGCAGCAGAACGGGAACCCACCUCAGGCAGGACGAGAGUACACCAUCCCCUCUCCUCUCCAGAGGUUCCUCGCAGAGACUGUGGACUUCUUUAUCCUGUUUUGUGUAAAGGCCACCAUCGUGUUAUGGAUCAUGUAUCUGAGUGGUAUGAAGGACAUUGCCAAAUUUAUCACCCACUUCAUUGUGGAGGAGAUAGAUGAGAACACGUCCCUGGAGGACUUGCAGAAGAUGAUGGCUGUUGCUCUGGUCUACAGGGUACUGGUGUGUGUCUACGAGAUCAUCUGUAUUUGGGGCGCUGGUGGUGCUACUCCAGGAAAGUUCCUGCUCGGCCUGCGGGUGGUGACGUGCGAUACGUCCACUCUUAUACGACCCAACUGUGUUCUUGUGGUCCCAGCAUCUAACGUGUCCUUCUCAGCCUCUACUGUGCGGGCGUUGAACAAGAACUUCUCCAUUGCCUUCCUCUUUCCUGUCUUUAUCACCCUCCUCUUCUUCCAGCACAACAGGACUGUGUACGACAUUGUGGCGGGGACCAUAGUUGUUCAGCGCAGAGGAGGCAGAUAGCAGUAUUAGACUUCUGUUUGAAGAGUAUCUAGAAAAUUUUAUUGAAAUCAGAUUUACUAACACAGAGGAGAGUCACUUUGCUGGGCAAAUCUUGGAACGCUCUAUAAAAUGAAAUGUAUACAGACGUAGACCUGGUACAGUGGGAUGAGAAACAUCUCCUGCUGUAAGGGAUUUAAAGGUGCAAUGUGUAAGAUGUUUAAUUAAAAACAUUUAAAAAUUAA